AAUACCUGGGGAAGCAACAAUUCCCAGAAGACGCAGCCUACACCUGCAUGGGUGCCCCCAAGUCUCGCGGGAGAGCAGGCGCGGGCUCCGUUUUCCCCGCGUUUAUCGCGAGAACCAAGGGCUAAUCUUCCCGUUCUCCGAGACCGCGUCACCGUCUCCUGGGGCAACAGCAAUGGCGGCCGCCUUGUCCGAGGGGUUUUUCUCGCUGGAGCUACUAGUAGACUGGGUGCUACUGGAAACCAGGUUGCUGCCGCCGCCGCCGCCGCCGCCGCCUCCCGUGAUCGAGGUGGAAGAGGAGCAGGAAGAGGUAGAGGCCUCGCCGCCGCAGACAUCGCGCUCCCUGUGCCCCGCCGUGGCCUUCCGCCUGCUGGACUUCCCCACGCUGCUCGUUUACCCUCCUGGCGGCCCUGCCGCCCCGGCUCCAGAACCCCGGCCCGGCCUGCUCAGCUUUGGUCGCGGCAAGUCCUGUCUCUUCCACCUGCACCCCGCUACCUUGCACCGCCUGCUCCUUCGGAUCCCGCUUUAUACCUUGCUGCUUCAGCUACCCCCCGGGCAGCCCACUCCUGCCCCGCAGCUCCUGGGUGCCUGCAGUAUCUCGCUGGCCGCUGCGGUCCGCAAGGUCCUGGGACCGGCCGCCGCCUGCUGCCAGGGUCAUCGAGGAAAUUUUCCUCUGCAUAACCAUGCUGGGGAGCGGAUUGGGGACAUUGCCCUGCGCUACCGCCUGACUGAUUUGGGAAGCAGCUUGCUGGGUAAGCGGCCGGUCACCUCCAGGGGAGGUGGAGUGGAGAGUGUAGAGCUGCGGAAGGCAGUAGAGGUCAGUUCCCAAACCCCACAGGAAAAGCAACCGCUGCAGCAGCCAAACUCAGAGUCAAACCCAAGUGAUGCUGAUAGACCUCUGGUGGGUUUAAAAAUCCCAAAGGCUCCGAAGGAUUUGAAGAAAAUAGCUUUCCACACUAAGAGCAACUCUGAUAACACAUGUUCUGUGCAGAACGGUAGAACCAACUCGGGUUGUUCAAAUGCUAGUGGUGUGAGGAGUGUCAGCACCCCCAAUCAGGAAGUCACAGAGUUGGACAUCGAAACCAGCACAUUUUGUCCUCCUCCUCUGUAUUACACUCAUCUGACCCAAGAAAAGAUGUCUCCUAUACAGGGUAAAAUCACCAUUAAGCCUCAGAUGGAUGUACCUGAUGAACUGGAUGGUACUUUUCCAGAAGAAAAACUUGUAAAUCCCCCAGUACAGGCUAAUCCUCUGAAACAUACAAAUUCUGCAACACCUGAGAGUCCUCCAGUACUUAUAAAUCCUCCACAUGUUCAGGAUGUAGGAGCAAGAACUCAAACUACACAUAACACUCAAACUGAACAAAAUAGAAUUAAUACAAUAAGGCAGCUGCCUUUGUUAAAUGCUUUGUUAGUUGAGUUGUCCUUGUUGUACAACCAACCCACUGCAAGCCCUGCUCAUAUACAUCCUGACUUAGCCUGGUUAUAUAGAACUAAGGAUAAGUCACCAGAGUCUUCUGCCAAGUCCACAUGUAAGUCUGAAUCUGAGAAGGAAAAGCCUGUGUGGGAAAAAGAAAAGUCAGUGGGCCUUCAGGAUAAAAGGAACCAAGCUGAAAGUCUUAAGAAAGAUAAAUAUUCUGAAAAGAACAGUGGUUCCUGGCCCAAAAGAGUUCCUAGGGUAAAGCUACUUUAUGGCUUAACAAAUACACUUAAACUACGUUUAAAGCAAACAAAUCCUGGUAUGCUGGUAGUACAUGAAAAGAUAGAAGAGUACAGAAAAAUGAAAGCACAACUGGAUGCAAAACUCAGAAGUCCAUCAUCAAAAAUUAAAGUAUUAAGCUUUGCAGAACAACAUCAGAAGCCACAUCAACUGCCUAAAGAUAAGUAUGUAGAAUCAGAUGCAUCUUUUGCUGAAAAUGGUACCUCAAAGCAAAUUAGUGGAGUUUUUGGACCCAGCACAACUAAAGAAACCAAACCGAAAUGUACAACUGAAAAAGCAGUUGAUGGUGAUGAACAUAGAACCAGUAAGGGUCCAUUAGAAGAAAUCGUGAGUCUUGCAAAUUCCAUUGUCCCAGAAAGGUUUGUUCCUACACAGAUUUUGGAAGGAAAAGUGGAAAUGAAAGUUCAAAGGCCAUGUGUUUUCCCCCAGGUUGCGGCCGUUGACAGAAUUGUAGUAGAUAAAGAAAUAGAUGUUAAGCAGAUUAAAACCACUGAUAAUGACAUUCUUCUGGCUGAUGUGAGUGAAAAUAAGCCAAGUAAAAAUAGCUGCUCUGAAAGCAUCUCAAAACUAAAGUAUUCAGAUGACUUCACCAGCCCUUGCUAUUCAGAUUUCUGUACCACUGAGGACACUAGCACAAUUUUACAAGCUUAUGGUAGUGGUCCAAGGGCAGAAAAUCCAAAACAUAGUCAAUGUACAAGUAAGUCUAGUGAAACAAGAUUUUCCAUAAGGAAAAAUAACAGUGAAAAGAACUCUAUUCUUAACCCACCUUUUUCAGCGUGCUCACCUGUACACUCAUAUAAAAAAUCUCAGAGUUCAAAGACUCGAGAUAAAAGUUUGGAGGAAGCAUCUAGUAUCUCUACCACUGAUUUAUCACACUGGACUGAGGAGAGAGAAAACCAGAUUGACCAAAAUAGAAUGCAUAAUUCUAAAGUUUUAAAGAGGGGUCAAGGUAUCUCUGUAAAACUUAAAACAGGAACUGGUUGCAAGUCUUUAGAAAAUAGCCAGUCUCCUUGGACAUCUCAAGUGAGUUCUUAUCUACCAUCUACUUUGCCAGAACUAGAAUUUAAUGUCUUGGAUAGUAGUAUAUCAGAUCAGGUUGAAGAAGAUGAAGUUGGUUCACUAAAUAUUUCCAAGCAAUGCAAAGAUAUUUGUGAAUUAGUAGUAAAUAAACUUCCAGGAUACACAGUGUAAAAAUAUGUGCUUUUAAAAGAAUUUUUGUAGCCUAUGUGUACUAGUAGUGAAACUGUUUUAUUAACUUUAUUUUAGUAAUAAAUUAUGUAAAUAAUUCUUUUUAAAAGAUAUAAAUAAGUUGGUCAUUAUUUUGAUGUUUAAAUAGUAUUCCACCAUUAAAUUUGACAGUAUUGAUGAAAUCACCUUAUGAUCUAGGCAAGAUUUAAGUUGUUUAAUCUUACAAAAAUAAAAAUAUCUAUCUUGCUAAACUGUCUUAAAGUAUCUAUCCUAAAGCUGACUUAAUGCCUACCAUUGAAAAAAUAAGGCUAGUUAAUAAGGAAAGCCUCAACUUUUAAGAAUAAAUCACUGAACAAAUACGGAAGACUUACUGUGUGAGAUGCAGAAAGAUACAAAAAUAUUUAAGAUAAGGUCCCUGCAGUUAUAAGAGCUUACAUGUUUUAUAUAGGUAUGAAUUCUUUAGGGAAAUCUUCCUAUACACAUGUAUAUCCCAAUCCCCUAGAGGUGAAGUCCUUUUUAUAUGCUGUUAGAUGCUUUAUAGUUUUUGUUUGUUUGUUUUACCACAAUUUAUGUGAUUACUUGAUUCAUGUUUCUCUUCUGUUGGGCAAAUUUCUGUGACAGAAGGGACCGUGCCUGUUUUGCCCACCAGUAUAAUCUUAGCAUCCAGUACAGUGUCUGGCAUGUGUUUGGAGUGCAAUAAAAGCAUGUGUUGAACAAAGAUAAAGGCCAUGCAUUUAAAAUACAUCAUGGGUGGGACUAGAAUUAAGCAGUAAAAACAAGCAGAAACCCUAAAAAUAAGCCUAAAGAAAGUCUCUUUUGGAAACAUGGAUAUUUGUAACAUUUUUGUUUUUCUGCAUAUAAAACAGGUGUUCUCUGAAAUCUUUGGAGAAGGGAGCUAAAAAGGAUGUCUUCCUAUACAGUUUCUUAUAUAGAAAUUCAGUUUAUUGUCAUUUCAGUUGUUCAAUAGUUAUUUUUAACAUAUGAAACUUUUUAUGAAGUCUGGUGAUCAUUUCUUUAUAAUUUCUUCCACUUUAUACUUAGACCUUAUUCUGUGUUGAAAUAUUUACAUGUAUUUUCUUCUGGGUUAUAUUUUCAUUUUUACACUAACUUUUUAAUAUCUGAUAUUUUUUGAUGUGUGAGGUAUAUCCCUAAUUUUCCUUUCUGUGUAAUUAAAUAAUUAUGUAGUCAUUAUCUUUUGAGUGCUAAUAAUACAAUUUAGAAAGAUGGCAAGAGGUGGGGAUGUUAUAUUUUGAGGAACAAUAUGAAUAAAAGAAUGAUGACGGGAAACAGCAGGAUGUAUUUGUGAAAUUGUGAAAAUAUAGGUUCAUGCUAUAGAGUCGUAAAAAGGAAAUUUGUUGAGUAAGAAAAGCCCCAGAUCAUAAGGAACUUCUAAUGCCAAGCAUAGGAAUAAAGUCCUAAGUAAUAGGAACAAGAGUAUUUUAAGUUAUAAAUGAGCACCAAUAGUCAUGACAUUUUGAAUAUUUUAAUGUAGUGAGAUAACUUAUUCGAGGUACAGAAUUUAUACCAGUAAAAGUUUUGAAAUGUGAAAUGUUUUUAAUGGUGAAUGGCUGUGGUCUUAGUUUUUCAGUAAAUAUAAAGCAUAUAUCAUUUCUGAAAAUAAAAACAAUUUAAUGCUAGGGACUGUAGCUAGAUAUUCAUAUGACAUCAAGUUGGUAUAUAAACUGUUAGCAGUUUUCCAUUACUGUGGAAGAGACAAAAAAUAUAAGUGAUAGUAACAAUCAGAAGAGAAAUUCCUUAAAAGUGAACUAUGAGAGUAAGUCAUUGUCUAUAUUGAGUAUGUGUGAGGAAAAUGAGUUCUGUGUGCCUAAGGUACAUCAAAAAAUGAAGAAUUCAUGUACUUUAAAUUACAAAGCUGAAUAGCCGAAUAAACUUCUCUUUGAAUUAGUUCUUGAAUACUCAUUUCCAGAAUUGUAGCAUCAGUUUUUAUAGUUUAAUUCUGUUAAAAUACCUGUUUUCAUAUAUUUAGUGCUUCCUGUUUGCACCCUAUCUUCAAAUUCUACUUGAUUUUUUAAUUCCACAACCUCUAAACUUGGUUUUUAAAGAAUAUUGUAACAGAUAAUGCUCCUGAAUCCUUAUUUAUCCCCUUAAUUGCUCAAAAAUCAUAGAAACAUUAAAUAGUAUUUUAGGGUCCCAAAUAAGGGAGACCUGUCAUUUAGUUGUAAAACUAAGCUACUGCAAUCCACUUUUCUGAAGAGCUGGGUAUGUAAACUGCUGUGGGCAAAGCUGGAAGCAAGAGCGUCUUAAAAGCAAAGUGAGCCACAGAAAUUAUGUGAGGACUUACUUGUGUAGUGCUAACACUUGCAGCUAAGACAGCGGCUUCCAGUGAUGACAAGGACUUUGAACUGUUAGGAUAACAGAUCGGAAAAUCUUGCAGAUACAUACAAUAUUAUUUCUGUCAUUCACUUCUUGUUAGUUUCUGUUGAGAGUCACCCCUUCAUGAUCCCAUUAAUUUAUAUUUGUCUGCCUGUACAAGCAGUGUGGCUAUUAUGGAAUUAGGAAGCAAACUUUUAUUUGUUGCAAACAUAUAGGUCAAGACCAUAAAUUAAAUAACUUUGUACCACAUUGUGGUGUUGUUAAGGCAAAGAAACUUAACAACAAAGAAAGCAACAUGUAAAUAAGGUAAUGUUUAUAAAUUUGUUUGGUCAUAAACUGCCCUUGUGCCUAUAGAUAUAGCCAUCCUUCAGGCUAUUUGUUUUAAUUUGGAUUAAAAUAUCUAGAGAGAUGUACAGAAUGACAAUUUAUGAGCCAAGACUUGUUAGAUCCUUCUCAUUUUUUACCUAAAACAAUUCAAUGAAAGCUUACUUAGUCAAGGACCAAUGCAUUUUUACAUUUUUUCCCCCCAGAGAUCUAAUUGUCAUGCCAGGAAAUACCAGACUUCAAGAUGAGCAUCAUUAAGCUAGAGUGCCAAUCCAUAGUAAUAUAAGUAUUUCCUUAUUUUCCAAACUCUCCUUAUGUCUCUAUUGCACUAAUCAUGCAUAUUAAUUCUAGGAAAAAAAAUUCAGAAGAGUUUUUCUAACAAAAUUAUAGUAAGGAGAGAUUAUGGUCCUUUCCUUCCAAAAUCUCACUGAAAUGACAUGUAAAAAUAAGGAUGAAUCCACAGCAGCCCUGGAGAACUGGGGAAGAAAAGUGCUGGUGGUAGACAAAACAGUUUGAGGAACUUUUGGAAGGUACAGAGCAGAUGAGAUUAGGUUGAUGAGAAGUAUAUUAGAAAUCUUUCAACAUAACCCAAUGAUGGUGCUGCUGGGGAAAGAAGAUAGUGUUUGAUUUCUAACAUAGGCCCAAAUAAGCUUCAAGUUUGGUCAGCAGGCUUGAGCUAGGAGCAGGGUAAGGCAGAACCUGAACACAGGGUAUGGUGGAAAAGCUGGGUUUGGGCCAAGGUUACCUAAUAAAGGUGUUGGGACUAAGAGAAUGACUAGCAUUUUUGCUUUUGACACCAAAACAUAUUAAAAGUGUCUUUCUCUAUUUUAUCAGGGAGACCACUAACCCUCGUGGCAAAUUAAAGUGAUGUUAUUCUGGUCUGUGACAGAUGAAUGGUGUUUGCAUCCUUGAUCAUGUUAUUUUUUUGAUAUUAUUUCUCUAUUAUAGGAUUGAUACAAAUAACAUUUUACAUAGCAUAUAUGACAGUGGAUGUGCAUGUGAGUUUUAAGGACUAUAUUUAAUCCCAGAGAAUGUGCCCUGAUAUCUGCAUUCCUGCCAUAGGGGGACAUAUAUUUUCAAUUGAAAUCUCAG